AUGGCUGCUCUCUCCUAUUCUUCUUCAAAGCCCAUCUCUUCAUCUUAUCAAGCCCUUAGUUAUCGUCUUCUCUUGCUCUUGACUCUCCUUCCAUUAACCGUUGCCUUCUUUGCUUUUAUUCUCCAAUGGCAAGGUGGUCUCAUUGACCCCCUUCUUUCAUCUCCUGAUCCUUUCCAGUUUCCCGGCAUGGACUAUCCUGGAUCAAACUCUCGCCCCCAUCGGCGCUCCGUUUCCGAUUGCGUCGAUGUUUUGGGUCAGAGCCGGUCCCCAGCUUUCCCUUAUUUUAAGGAUUGGAAUUUUGAAUUCGGCUCCAAUCUCAGGCCUAAGAUAUGUAUUGUUUCAAGUACUGCUGCCGGCUUAGAACAGAUAUUACCAUGGAUAUUUUAUCACAAGGUUAUUGGAGUUUCAACCUUUUUCCUUUUUGUUGAAGGGAAGGCUGCCUCUCCCGUUGUGUCCAAAGUCCUAGAAUCGAUUCCAGGGGUGGAAGUGAUAUACCGAACAAAAGAAUUAGAGGAACAACAAGCUAAAAGUCGGAUCUGGAAUGAGACUUGGCUGGCAAAAUUCUUCUACAAACCAUGUAAUCAUGAGUUGUUUGUGAAGCAAACUCUUAACAUGGAAAUGGCUAUUGUAAUGUCAAGGGAUGCUGGCAUGGAUUGGAUUAUUCAUCUUGACACUGAUGAGCUUAUACAUCCCUCCAGUGCUCGUCAGUACUCUGUCAGACAAUUACUGGCAGACUUGCCUGAAGAUGUUGAUAUGGUUGUCUUCCCAAAUUAUGAAAGCUGUGUUGAGCGGGAUGAUAUAAUUGAACCUUUUACUGAGGUCUCAAUGUUCAAGAAGAACUUUGAUCAUCUUCCUAUAGAAGCCUAUCUUGGUAACUAUAGACGGGCAAUCCGUGGUAACCCAAACUACUUUUUAACCUAUGGAAAUGGGAAAGCAGCUGCUCGUAUUCAAGAUCAUCUUCGUCCUCAUGGUGCACAUAGAUGGCAUAACUACAUGAAGGCACCAAAGGAGAUCAAAUUGGAUGAGGCUGCCGUUCUGCAUUACACAUACACCAAAUUUUCUGACCUCACUUCAAGGCGUGAUCGAUGUGGCUGCAAGCCUACGAAGGAGGAUGUUAAAAAAUGUUUCAUGUUAGAAUUUGAUAGAGCUGCAUUCAUAAUUGCUUCAACUGCAACGGAGGAGGAAAUGCUUCGCUGGUACCGUCACCAUGUGGUGUGGACUAAUAAAGCAUUGAACUUGAAACUUUUGAAGAGGGGCAUUUUAACUCGGAUUUAUACUCCCAUGGCCAUAAUUCAAGGACUUAGGGAAUCUGGUGUUUUUGGCUCUGUAUUACAGUCAGCACAGACACUCUCCAAGGACAAGUUCUUGUCCUCUGUUGAGAGUAGCAACUUUUCUAGCGUAGAUAAACAGAUUGGUGUCAAAGAAUCUCAGGCAACUGCCAGAAGAAUCUUGGAUAUCAACGACAACUUUUCUGGUGGUUCAGCAAUCCCACCACUUUCUCCUCCAGUCCCGGACGAUUUUCACAUUGGAAUAUCAUGAGGGAUUAAAUUCAGUGAUUACUGCCUGCCUCAUUGUUCCUGCAAGGAGUUAUUGAGAUUUGAGUUGAAAUUGGAUACAUGAGACAACUUGAAGUAAAUGAGACAGCAGUUACUGGAAGCACCAACCUACUUGGCUUUGUUGGGCUAUUCCCGAAGGCGAUCAUUACCGAAGUUGUGCUGUACAUCCAGGUUAAAUCACAGUAGAUUAUAUAGUGAAAAGGCGUAGAGUGGCAUUUUGUUUUGAUAUACAUACACUUUCCCGAAUGAUGCCUAGGCUAGCCGCUCAUUUUUAACCAUACUACUUAGUCUAAACACAUUGCUGAUCAUGUUAACUUACAGAACAGCACAUUGCUGUUCCAUUCUUUAGCACGAACUUGAAAAGAAUUGCAUUCUGGAUUA